GACCGCUUCUGACCGCGUCCUUUCCAACUGCUUCGUAGCCCUCAAAUUCAUUCAAACAGAUCCUUCCGGACUGCGCAUGUCACGAUGCCACAUCAUGCUUCAAUGAUGUUAACAAUGAGGCCUAGCUAGCAUCGUUGCCGAUAACUACACCAAUCACAUCCCUCUGUUGUUAACCAUCAUGCACUCUCAUUCUCAACACGUCUUCUCUAAUCUGAAGCCCGGAACGUAUAAAAUUGUCAACGUUAAGGGUGGAACGGCCAUCGAUCUUUCAAGCGAAGAUGGAAAAUCUGUAAUAGCUUUCACCGAGAAAUACCAAGGUGACUCGAAUCAGCAGUGGACCUUCGAACGUUUGGGAGCGGGAUAUUCAAUCCGAAACGUACGCAACGGCGCGUACUUGAGCGUCAAUUUGAAGAAUGCUAUUGGUCAACCGAUCGAAACUAGCUAUUACCCGGUCAGUUGGGAAUUGGUGGUCUUCGAUUCGCAGAACAAUAUCUAUCGGAUUGGAUGGCCUGGCGGUGAAUAUGUGUUUGAUUUAAGAGACUAUGGAAACCCCAAAGCAAAGAACAAGAUAGACCUUCACGGUCAAGGAAUGGAAACAUGGAAACUAUGGCGCCUUAUUGAAUGUCCAGAACCCUCCAAAGCGGUCCCUUCACAACUCCUGGCUGAGUGGGACUCUACAACCGUUGCUUCCGACUCGGAUUCGACUACAGAAAGAAUGAUUCCAACGCCAACAGCCGGGAAAACCAUCGCUGAUACUGUGGUUGAUGCAGAGGGCCUAUGAGUUGGUGGAAAUGGAGAACUUGCGAUUACGACGACGACGACAACCACGACUGUUACUCGAGUUAGGAGGUUGAAUGUUGGCUGACCCCACGAAGAUAUUCUGCGCUGCUUCGGAUCUCGCUCAAAUUACUUAUAUGGUUUUUUCAUGGAUUCCCAUUCUGUACUACUAAUCCAGAUUGAUUCGUCACGCCACCGAGGCCUGUUAGUGUUUACGA